CGUCAUGUACGAGGGCUUCCUUGCGCUCGGAAUCGCAGCGGGCGGCCAAUUGACCACCACCGAUGAAGUCGAGAACUUCCCUGGCUUCAAGAUGAUCCAGGGUGGCAAGCUCAUGGACCAAAUGCGCGAGCAGUCCGAAGCCUGCGGCACCGAAAUCAUCUCCCAGACCGUCGCGAAGGUCGACCUCAAGGCGAAACCCUUCAAGUAUUGGCUACACCCCAUGGGCGAUGACGAGACCAUCGAAGAGGAGGAGCAUACCGCCGACGCUCUGAUCAUCGCAACUGGCGCAAAGGCCCGCCGACUAGACCUCCCCGGCGAGGAUAAGUUCUGGGGCAACGGCGUAUCAGCCUGCGCGGUCUGCGACGGGUCCCUCCCCAUGUUCCGCGAGCAACCCCUUGUUGUUAUCGGCGGCGGCGACUCAGCCGUAGAAGAGGCGCUAUACCUCACCAAGAAGGCGAAGAAGGUUACCGUCCUGGUGCGAAGAGACAAGCUUCGGGCGAGCAGGACAAACGCGCGACGACUGACAACGCACCCCAAGAUCGACAUCAGGUACAACACCAGCGCGGUCGAGAUCAAAGGGGAGGAGAAGAAGAAUGGUCUCAUGACCCAGCUCGUCAUCAAGAACAACGUCACCAAGGAGGAGCAGACCAUCGAAGCCAAGGGACUGUUCUACGCGGUUGGACACGAUCCUGCGACCGCGCUCUUCAAAGACCAGCUUGAGAUGGAUGAGGAUGGCUACCUUAUCACGGACCCUGGACGCUGCACCACCAGCAUAGAGGGCGUAUUCGCCGCUGGUGACGUCCAGGACAAGCGAUACAGGCAAGCUAUCACGAGUGCAGGCUCCGGCUGCAUUGCCGCCCUUGAGGCCGAGAAGUGGCUCGCCGACCAAGACGACAGCAUCACCAACGAGCUCGAGGUGGAGAACCAGGCCGAGAAGUCGCAGACCAACGGCGUCGUCCCCGAGUACCGCUCCAACCCGCUCUUGUAGACUCCUGCAUUACGUCCUGCAUCUCAGCGUGCAUUUCCGUUCGCCCCAAGAUUAACAUCGCUAUCUUCACCUUGCAUCGGCAUAAAAUGUGGUGGGCUCUGAGAUUUGUGAAUAGGUUUUCUUUUUUGUGAGUGGAUAGAUGGUUUUUGGCUUCUCUGGCUGGAGCCUUGUGUGGACGGCUCGCCGGCAUAUGGGAUAGACUUGGUGAUGGUAGAGUAAUCAAAUGGAUUGAUGUGAAAGCAAUGAUUUUCGAAGCAUUUACCUUCGUGUGGAUCGCUGAUAUAUUUAUUCAUG